GUUUUCCACUUACAAUAUUAUUAAUAUAAAAACAAUAAAAUAAAAUCACAAUUAAAUCCACCAAAAUCUGGGAAAGCUCCUUAAAUCUCGAUCCAUGUCGAGGCUGAAGUAUUAGACACUUGUCGCCACCACAGAGCUAAAGCCUCCCCGUUUCGCUUCAAAGAAUCUCAAGUUAAAGAAAGAAAGAAAAAAAAGUUAUAUCAAAGGGAAAGUGAAUAAUGUCAUGAUCAUCUUAUCUACUUCAGUUGAUUGGAUUUUAUAGGGGAAUUUGAAUUGUGUUCUUUUGUGUUUGUUGCUGUUUGAAACAAGAAAUGGGGUCUAAUCUGAAUUUCAAGAGGUUUGGUGAAGCUCCAAGUAUGGAAGGGAGUGGAUCAAAGGCAGUGGGCAAUUUCCCAUUGGCUAGGCAGUCAUCGAUAUACUCGUUGACCUUCGAUGAGCUGCAGAACACAUUCGGUGGACUCGGCAAGGACUUCGGAUCUAUGAACAUGGAUGAACUCUUGAGGAACAUCUCAACUGCUGAAGAGACUCAGGGUUUGAUGACAGCUUCAGUUCCUGGAGGCGAAGGUGUUUCUGGUGGUAAUUUGCAGAGGCAAGGUUCAUUGACAUUGCCAAGGACUCUGAGUCAGAAAACGGUUGAAGAAGUAUGGAAAGACUUGUUUAAGGAAAAUGAUGGUGCUAAAAAUGUAAGUAAUGGUGGUGGUGGUGGUGGAGCUAAUUUGCCACAGAGGCAACAGACAUUGAGAGAGAUGACUUUGGAGGAGUUCCUGGGGAGGGCAGGUGUUGUGAGGGAAGAUAUGCAACCGGUUGGUGUGCCGAAUAACAAUGGAUUUUUCGAUAACAACUCUGGUUUAGCCCUUCAGUUUCAACAGACAAAUGGAAACAAUGGUUUUUUGAGUAACAAUAACUCAGUUCUUAAUCAGCCUCCAAUCUUACCAUUAGACGUGAGUGGAGCCAAAUCAUCACAUUCACAGCAGAAACAACAGCCACUCUUUCCCAAGCAACAAACGGUUGCAUUUGCUCCAUCUAUGCACUUGAUAAACACUACACAUUUUCCGAGUCCUGGAGCUCGGGGGUCGGUAGUUGAAACCAGUGACCUUUCAAUGAAUACUAAUCUAGUUCAGUCUAGUGGCCUGCAGAGUGGUGGGAUGGGAAUAGUUGGUUUACCAUCUCCUGCAAGCCAUAUAUCUCCAGAUGUGAUUUCAAAGAAUAGUGUAGAUACAACUUUAUCACCGGUUCCUUAUGUGCUUGGCCGGGGAAGAAAACGCAGUGCAGCAUUGGAGAAAGUAGUUGAGAGAAGGCAAAGGAGAAUGAUUAAGAACAGAGAGUCAGCUGCAAGAUCACGAGCUCGCAAGCAGGCUUAUACAUUGGAACUUGAAGCUGAAGUUGCAAAACUUAAAGAAAUGAAUGAAGAAUUGCUGAGGAAACAGGAAGAAGUGAUGGAAAUGCAGAAAAAUCAGAUGCUAGAAACACUUAAUCCAGCAUGGGGAGGUAAAAGACAAUGCUUAAGAAGAACACUGACAGGCCCUUGGUAGAGUUUGAGGAACUGCUGAUUGUAAAAAUGUUGCUUUGAUACACAAUCUUGGUCGGUGCUACAGUUUAAUGAUUGGGAUCUACAUCCAUUAUCUAUAUCUUGAUACUGCUUAAGGCUAGAUAGCUGUGAAUAUAGAAGCAAAGGGUUUUGAGUUGUAAGUUAUGAACUUGACAGUAUUAGUUUGUAGUUUUGAUUUUGUUAUUGGCUUGAUCUCUGUUUGCCUAUCAUGAUCUAACCUUGACAACAAGGGCGGGCUUGUAAGAUAACUAGAUGGAUGCUCCAAUAUGGUCUUUAUGCUCUGCCUACAGACUUGGUCAGUUUCAUCCUGAUUUGACUUGUAAAUUUAAGACAUAUCUGUUGUAAGAAAUAA